CCAGAGCCCUUGUCGUCGCCAGAGCUAAAAUUGAAAACGAUAGUCGUAAUCGUCUUAUAUGAGAUUAUCGUAGACCAAUGCAAACACGUAUGGCUCAAGAAUUACAUGAAAAAGCGAGCGUUCCCCUCGGAUCUGUCCGAGUACCAAAUCAACAUCGUUUCCAAAGUCAAAGAGCAUCAAAACGCCCUCAUUUACCGCAUUUACAUCGGUCCCGAUCAAGAGAAAGGAAUUACCUUACGAGUAUGCCCGGUUUUUUGGCUCGGAGUAAGUACUGUCACACCUGUAAGAAAGCCUACAGUAAUGAGACAGAUCAUCUGUGUCCUGGUAUGUGUAAAUGCUGUCGUUUUAUGGAAUGUCUUAUCGUGUCCUGGAUUCAUUGUGACAAAUGUAAUCGGUAUUUCAAGAGUCAAGAAUAACAGGGUGACCGUAACAAUACCAAAACAUUUGGUUUGACCGAGUUAGCCCAAGGUUAUUUUCCCCACCAUUUUGACAAGAAACAGAACGAACAGUAUGUCCGCGAACUUCCAGAUCCGACGGUCGGAAGAAAUUCCUCGAAUGGUAUCAACCUCUCAAACAAGAGAACUAUAUAUAUAUAUGUUUUCAAUGUCCAGCAAGAAAUCCUAAGUUACUGCCGUUCCGAUGUUGAUAUUCUCCGUCGCUGUUGUCUCGAGUUUCGCGAACUGUUUCGUCACGUCACCGAUAUAGAUCCUUUUGAGAAAUCACCAUUGCGUCAGCGUGUAAUCUCGUAUUUAGAUCGAAUUUCCUUCAAGAAGACACCAUUGCCAUCAUUCCUCCACACGGUUACUGCCCGGAAAACAAGCAAUCCAAUUUGGCCCUGAAAUGAUUAACCUAUACUACUGAAAAGAAUGGCAUUUACAUUCAGCAUGCUCGCAAUGCUGGUGAAAAUCGUGUUGGCCGCUAUUUGCUGGACGGACAUCACGAUGAGACCAAUACUGCUUACGAAGUCCAUGGAUGUUUCUGGCACGGUGAGUAUUUCCUCAAAUAACGCCUCUCAAAUAAACAUCACAGAUAAAAUAUUUUUAUUUUUACAGAUUGUUUGAACUGUUACGCCCGUGAUACCGUGAAUCCCGUCACGGUAAAACAAUGGAUGAGCUACACAUGAUGACCGUAGAAAAGGCACGGUGUUUGAAAGAUCGAGGAUUCGACGUGGUCGAAGUGUGGGAAUGUGAAAUCAAACGAGAAUUGGAACGCGAUGAAAAGAGAAGAAAUGAAACGGUACAACAUCAACUUGACGGAUCGUCUGGAACCUCGUGAUGCCUUCUUUGGUAGUCGGACCAACGCUGCAAAACUUUUCCACGAAUGUGAAGAGGAUGAGAAGAUAAGGUGA